AUGCCUGAAUUCGCCGAGGCCGGACCUCCCGACGAGGCGGAGGACCCCACGCGGGCCCCACAUUACGUUCCCCACAAGGAGAUUUUCGAGGAGAGGUCCCCCCGUAGCCCCCUCAGCACCCACAGCCCUCCGCAGAGCACGGAAAACGACUCCCUCGACCUCGCCGUCGAUGACAUCAUCGCCGGCAGCAACUCGAUCGACCAGCUUUACCACAACAUAUGCGAAAUGCAGAGCUCCGAUCACUCCCCUUCUCGACGCAGCUUCUUAUCCUACGGCGAAGAAUCGAGGAUCGACUCCGAACUCCGAUUCCUUGCCGGUGGAAACUAUAUGGACGAAAAAACGGGCCCUGACGAAAACAUCAUUAAGGCCCGUCCUCCAAACACCGUCGGGCCCACAAAGGGCCCGAGCGGAAAACCUCCAAAGGUGAUCCCGAAGAAAGCCACUGGCCCGGCCCGUUUAGGUAGGACGAAGAAGGAGGACUACCUCGGCCCGUAUCUUCUCAAGCAGGCAAGAGACAUGAUGAUUGUCGGGCCCGGAGAUGGAAACUUAGAGAAAGCACUCGAGCUGGCCCGUCGGGCCGCAAAAUCAUUUGAGGCCUCACCCGGACCGAAGCCCAACCUCGACUUCGUCAUGUGCCUCCACGUCAUCUCCGCUCUGUACUGCCGACUAGGGCGGCACGCCGAGGCCAUCCCGGUUCUCGAGCGCUCGAUCGAGAUAAUGCCAGGUGUCGUCAACUCGGGGAGCCCCGAACACGCACUCGCAAAAUUCGCGGGCUGCAUGCAGCUCGGGGACACGUACGCAAUGUUGGGCCAAAUCGAAAACUCGAUCUCGUUCUACAAAGCGGGCCUCGAGAUCCAGCGCGAAGCCCUAGGCGAAAACGACCCGAGAUUUGCCGAGACAUGUCGAUAUCUAGCCGAGGCCCACGUCCAAGCCAUACAGUUCGAUGAGGCCGAAAAGCUCUGUUUAUUGGCGCUCGACGUUCAUAAACAGAAAAAUGGGGGUGUCUCGUCGGGUGGCUCGCCGGAGGAGGCGGCCGACCGGAGGCUGCUCGGGCUCAUAUGCGAGUCGAGGGGAGAUUACGAAACUGCCCUUGAGCAUUACAUGUUAGCGGGUAUGUCCAUGGCUGCCAACGGACAGAAUGCUGACGUGGCGGCCAUCGACUGCAGUAUCGGGGACGCUUAUCUGUCACUUGCACGAUAUGACGAGGCUGUGUUUGCGUAUCAGAAAGCGCUCAACACGUUCAAGUCGAGCAGAGGGGAAAGCCACCCUUCGGUUGCUAUGGUAUUUGUUCGGCUCGCUGAUUUAUACAAUAAGAUUGGAAAAUUCAGCGAGUCUAAAUCGUACUGCGAAAACGCGAUUCGUAUUUAUUCAAAGCCGCUCAACGGAGUCCCGCCGGAGGAGAUUGCGAGCGGUUUGGUGGAUAUUUCGGCCAUUUUCGAGUCCAUGAACGAGCCAGAAAAGGCAUUGGAGCUGCUGCGCAAGGCGGUGGAUUUGUACGGGAAUGCGCCAGGUCAGCAGGGGAUAAUAGCGGGGAUCGAGGCCCAGAUGGGAGUUUUGUACUAUAUAUUGGGGAGUUAUUCGGAGUCUUACGAGUCGCUCAGGAGCGCGGUUCAGAAGUUUCGGGCGAUUGGGGAAAAGAAAAAAUCGGCCAUUUUCGGUAUCGCGUUGAAUCAAAUGGGCCUCUCGUGCGUGCAGAUAUUUGCAAUUAACGAGGCUGCUGAUCUGUUUGAGGAAGCGAGGGAUAUUCUCGAGGUCGAGUGUGGGCCCUACCAUGCCGACACGUUGGGAGUCUACAGCAAUCUUGCUGGAACUUAUGAUGCAAUGGGGAGGACUUGUGAUGCGAUCGAAAUAUUGGAAUACGUUGUGGAGUUAAGAGAGGAAAGGCUCGGGACUGCGAAUCCUGACGUGGACGAUGAGAAACGCAGGCUAGCCGAGUUACUGAAAGUGGCGGGAUUGGUUAGGAGGAGAAAAUCGAGAUCACUCGAGACCUUACUCGACAAGCACAACAUAACCGCGACGCCUUUCGACGUUCAAGGAUCGUGA